AUGGCAGACAGGGAAGACCUCAGAGGCAAUCCAGGGACAGCAGUAGACAGCCUCAGGCUGGGCAUGGGGAGUCCCCACAGUCAGGGUCUGGGAGAAGUCCCCGAGGGAGCCCUGUUCACCCUGAGUCCAGUGAGGUCUGGGUCUUUGACAAAUUCUGGGACACCUAGUUCUUAUGAUUACAGUGAUAGUCAUUCUGAAGAAGAUUUUGGGGGUUCUCAUAGAUUGUCUGGAUCACAUCAUGGAGAUUCAGGUUAUAGUUAUACUGCAUCUCAUAAUACUCACAGGCAGUCAAGUGACAGUCUCAGAAAACAAUCUAGAACAACACAUGGCCAGUCUGUAAGAAAACACUUUCAGUCACCAAGUACUAGAAACCACUAUGUUUCUAGUCAGCAUUGGAGACAUGGAAGCUAUGGCCGUGCAGACUAUGACUAUGGACAAUCAGGAUAUGGGCCCUCUGGAGGCAGCAGGACUAGCAGCCGCAAUUCUAGUCCUUUGAGGUCAGCACACCAAUCUCUGAACACACAUGGGUCAAGAUAUGGGCAGUCUCUCUCUCUUUCUCAGAAUGUCGGAUCCACAGAAAAUGAAGGGAUGGGAGGGUUGCUGUUAAAAUAUGGAGAGUCAGACCUAGAUCAUGGGCAGCCUGUUGAUUACUACAAUCUUACUGAAUCCUGUACAACUGGAAAGUUAGUGUCUAGUCAUGGACAUUCUGUAGUAACUUCUGAACAAGUAAGUGACUGUGAUGCUAAUUAUGGAUACAGUGUAAAGGCAAAACCAGAAACUACCCAAAGCCAGUCAACUGACCAAUCUGUUUUUGGCCAUACUCAAUAUAUAUCAUUUCAGGAACACUCAGAAUCCAAUUCAAUUGGAAAUCAAUCUGAAUUCAGCACUUAUAAUAGGCAAGCAUGUAGCCAUGGACAACCAAGUGAUAACCAACUGUCAAGUGACAGCAGAAAUAGGAAUCAAAAAUCUUUUCCCAGUAACUCUCUUCAGAGCCUAUACUGUAUGGGAACCGAAGAGUGUAAAUAUUUGCCAAGUACAACCACACUGGGUGCAGGAAGACAAGGUCAGGGGCCAGGAUCUCACACAUCAGGGAUCAUCAGAAAAAUCAGCCAGUAUGUAGAUGACAAGAAAACAAGAGACUCUGAAUCCAGAGGUUAUCAUGAAAGCAAGGAAAUAUACUCAGGUUCUGCCUAUGUAGAUAGCAACACUCCACUAUACACAUAUGUCCAAGAACAAAGACACCAUUAUUUUGAUUGAAAAGCCAGUAUAAAACAUGAUAAACCAAGAUAAAAACUAAACCAAAGAAGAAAAUAGCAUAGUAAGACAACAAACAUUAAC